AUAACUGCGUUCCCUUCUGCCACAUCCUCACGUCACCUCUUUCUCCUCUUCCUCCUCUCCUUGGUUCCUUCUUCAGCAAAUUCUCCACUUGUUUAUUGAAAAAUAAUUCUCAAUUUGUUUCUUUAAUUACAAAAAUUCUCCCAUGAUUUACCUUUCUGAAUCAUAACAUCUUGCUGGUUUUAAGAGAACCGUUUGACAACCACCGGUUAUGUCUUGGCUGGGAUAUAAAGAGGUGCCCUUUUGAUUUUCUCAUAUCUCCAAGUCCGUCUGUUUUUCUCCACAAGAAUAUAAUUAAAAACUAGAACAGGCUCCGCAGCUAGGGUUUCACUGUGUGUCCAAAGUGGGAGAUACUUGGAGUAGAAAAAUAUAUAUAAAUCAACGAAACUGAUUUGGAUAAUCAUCUUGUAGAAUUAUAAGGAAAUCAAAAGCGCAAGAAAACUCCAAAACCGAUAUAGGGAUCAAUACUCAUCAUGUAUCAGCCAAACAUGUUCGAGGCUCAUCAACAUAUGUUCGAUAUGACCCCAAAAGAGUCCGACACCGACUUGGGUCUUACGGGGAGCCGGGAAGACGAUUUCGAGACCAAGUCUGGCGCUGAAGUCACCAUGGAGAAUCUUUUAGAAGAAGAGCUUCAAGAUCCUAAUCAGCGCCCCAACAAAAAGAAGCGUUACCACCGUCACACGCAACGCCAGAUUCAAGAGCUUGAAUCGUUCUUUAAGGAGUGUCCUCAUCCUGACGAUAAGCAAAGAAAGGAGCUGAGCCGAGAGCUAAAUUUAGAACCUCUUCAAAUCAAGUUUUGGUUCCAAAACAAGCGCACCCAAAUGAAGGCACACCAUGAGAGGCACGAUAACUCGAUUCUGAAAGCAGAUAACGACAAGCUCAGAGCAGAGAACAAUAGGUACAAGGAUGCACUAAGCAACGCAACAUGCCCAAACUGUGGUGGUCCUGCUGCUAUAGGAGAAAUGUCAUUCGAUGAACAGCAUCUAAGGAUUGAAAACGCACGUCUACGUGAAGAAAUCGAUAGAAUCUCCUCCAUGGCUGCUAAAUACGUAGGGAAACCAUUGUCGUCUCAUUCCACUCAGCUCACUUCUUCACACUACAUUCCCUCGCGCUCGCUUGAUCUUGAAGCUGUUAACUUUGGCACUAAUCACCAGACAAGUUUCGUAGGAGAAAUGCAUGGGACAAGCGACAUUAUGAGGUCGGUUUCUAUCCCUUGCGAGGCUGAUAAGCCUAUAAUUGUUGAGUUAGCCGUUGCAGCCAUGGAAGAGCUUGUGACAAUGGCUCAAACUAGUGAUCUCUUAUGGGUUUUAAAUGAUAAUUUGGGUGAGAUUCUCAAUGAAGAAGAGUAUUUUAGAAUGUUCCCUAGAUGUAUUGGACCGAAGCCUAUUGGUUUUAGAUCAGAAGCUUCAAGAGAGUCUACAGUCGUUAUCAUGAAUCAUAUCAAUCUCGUUGAGAUAUUAAUGGACGUGAAUCAAUGGUUUAGUGUGUUUUGUGGGAUUGUAUCGAGAGCGUUGACGCUAGAAGUUCUAUCAACUGGAAUCGCAGGGAACUACAAUGGGGCACUACAAGUGAUGACAGCUGAGUUCCAAGUCCCUUCACCGCUUGUCCCGACACGUGAGAACUACUUUUUGAGGUACUGUAAGCAGCAUGGAGACAAUACUUGGGCGGUUGUUGAUGUCUCUUUAGACAACCUACGACCGAGUCCGAUCACUAGAAGUAGAAGAAGACCCUCUGGUUGUCUGAUUCAAGAAUUGCAAAAUGGCUACUCUAAGUUGAAGGUGACAUGGGUAGAGCAUAUGGAGGUGGAUGAUAGAUCAGUUCACACCAUGUAUAAACCAUUGGUUAAUACCGGUUUAGCUUUUGGUGCGAAACGUUGGGUGGCUACACUUGACCGGCAAUGCGAGCGGCUAGCUAGCUCCAUGGCCAGCAACAUUCCAACCGGUGAUCUUUCCGUGAUAACGAGUCCUGAGGGGAGGAAGAGCAUGUUGAAACUAGCAGAGAGGAUGGCGAGGAGCUUCUGUAGCGGAGUAGGCGCGUCGACUGCACACGCAUGGACGACAUUAGCCACCACAGGAUCCGACGAUGUUCGAGUCAUGACCCGGAAGAGCAUGGAUGAUCCAGGGAGACCUCCGGGUAUCGUCUUGAGCGCGGCUACAUCGUUUUGGAUCCCAGUGGCACCUAAACGAGUGUUUGAUUUUCUCAAAGACGAAAACUCUAGAAGCGAAUGGGACAUACUUUCAAACGGAGGCUUGGUUCAAGAAAUGGCUCAUAUAGCAAAUGGUCGUGAUCCUGGGAACUGUGUCUCCUUGCUACGAGUCAAUAAACAGGGCACGAACUCAGGACAGGGCAACAUGUUGAUAUUACAAGAAAGUUGUACGGACGUGUCAGGAUCGUAUGUGAUAUACGCACCAGUCGAUGUAGCAGCUAUGGACGUUGUCCUGAGCGGUGGGGAUCCAGAUUACGUGGCUUUGUUACCAUCCGGGUUUGCUAUAUUGCCUGAUGGUGGAGAAGGAGGAGACGCUAGUGCCGGAGCUGAAGGAGGAGGAAAUAAUCUUGAAGUGGUUAAUUCCGGUUCGCUACUAACCGUGGCGUUUCAGAUAAUUGUUGACUCUGUUCCAACCGCUAAACUCUCUCUAGGGUCAGUGACUACAGUCAAUAGUCUGAUCAAAUGCACCGCCGAGAGGAUCAAAGGUGCGCUGGCAUGCGACGGAGCUUGAUCGGAGUUUUUCAAAAGUAAAAGGGAGGUUUAUGAGUUUUUUCAUGGCAAUAUUGCUUCAUGUUUUAAUAGUCUUGUGAGAUCCUCCAAAGGAAGUCAAGAAGAAAGAAGGAAACGGUUUGUUGUGGUUCCGGCGGUUUAAUGUUUUGCGUUUUCUCUGUUAUUAUUUUAUCAUUCACUAGCGAGAGCGAAUGCACAGGGAAGAAGCUUACAGACCUCUGUUCCUUUUACCAUUUCUUCCACUUAGCCCCAUGGAACAAUAUGCUACUACUGAAAUCUUAGAUGUUAGUGUUUUGCUACUCUUUAUAUUAUUAAGCCACUCUUGUAGUACUGAUAUUUUUUUU